ACCAUGGACAUAAGGAGGGUAGCUGUGCUAGGAGCUGGGGUCUCCGGUCUUGCUGCGAUCAAAACCUGUCUGGAGGAAGGACUACAGCCAGUAUGCUUCGAUAAGGCAAGAGAACUAGAAGAGUACUGGUAUCAUUGUUACGUGUUUCAAGGUGAAAGUGAAUGUUACAGACGCCGCAGAAACCAUGGACAUAACGAGGGUAGCUGUGCUAGGAGCUGGGGUCUCCGGUCUUGCUGCGAUCAAAACCUGUCUCGAGGAAGGCUACAGCCAGUAUGCUUCGAAAAGGCAAGAGAACUAGGUGGACUAUGGGUGUACAAUGACGAAGUAGGACCCGAUCCGACGGGACCUGCCGGUAUCUAUAAAGGACUCAUUACCAACGUAUCGAAGGAGAUGAUGUCUUUCAGUGACUUCUCAUACCCAAGACAUGUCCCACCAUUUCUAACGAGUGACGAUGUCCUGCAAUAUUUACAAAACUACGCAGAGAACUUCAAUCUGUUGAAGCAUAUCCACUUCAAUACGACGGUCAUAGAAGUGACAAAAGCAGUGGAUUUUAAAGAGACAGGAAAAUGGAAUGUGUGCACCCAGGCCCAAGGCGAACCACCCAAGACAGAAACCUUCGAUGCCGUCAUGAUGUGUUCCGGAAUAUAUUCAUCCGGCAAAAUUCCAGACUAUCCUGGGUUAAAUGAGUUCAAAGGUCAAAUCCUGCACAGCGGUCAGUUCAGAGGCGGGGAAGAAUUUGUGGAUAAGACGAUUGUGGUCGUUGGCUCUUCCCAUUCUGCAGGGGAUGUUGCGGUACUGAGUAGUAAUCACGCUAAGAAGGUGUAUUUGAGUCUACGGGAUGGGGCUUGGAUCGUGUCUCGCAUCACGGGGAAGCAGCCCACUGACGUCUACAUCAACCGAAGGUGGAAUGAGGCGAUUCCAGCCUGGAUCUACCAUCCUUUACUCAAACUCAAAAUGGAGUCCCUGCAGGACUGGAAAACACUUGGCAUUCAGAGCAGCACGCAUCCGGUUAAAAGUAGCUUCAUGAUGAAUGAUGAACUCCCGGUGAAGAUUAUGAGCGGCCGAGUGGUCGUCCGGAGUGGUCUUCAACGGUUUGAAGGUUCAAGGGUCAUCUUUGAUGAUGAUUCUUACCUGGAGGACGUGGAUUGUGUUGUCUUCGCCACAGGGUACAAUCACAGAAUAUACAUGGAAGAUGACGUCAUAUCAGGUAGUACCAGUCAAUUGGAACUGUACUUACACGUCAUACCACCAAGACUGGAGCACCCAACAAUGGCGGCCAUUGGUUACAUCGUGACACGUGGUACCUUAGGACCAUCAGCAGAACUACAAAGUCGGUAUGCAGUGAAGGUGUUCAAGAAAGAACUUCAACUACCAAGUCGUUCAGAGAUGCUUGCGGAUAUCAAGAAAAGAAGAGAUGGAGUGAUGCAGCAAUACAAUCAAGACACGCCCAAGAUCCAUCCGACGAAAUACAACGAUGAGCUUGCUCAAGCAAUCGGGGCUCUACCAAGUUUCUGGAGCCUGUUGUUGUCGGACCCUAAACUGGCGUACCACUUUUAUUUUGGUCCAGUCUAUCCUACGUGGUACAGGUUGAUGGGUUCACAUUCUAGACCCGAUGCCCGUCAGAGGAUACUGCAAAGUGGUGCUGAUAUGGUACAUGGGAUAACAUUAAAAACGGUUCGCCCGAGAGCACAGAAAGAACUCCAGAGGACCAGGAUAAUCCCGAUGAGGCUUGUAGCUUUGUGUUUCAUCAGCUUCCUUCUAGCAGUACUAUUAUGGACAUAAAUAUUAUUAUGGUCAUAGAGUUUAUCUUAAGUUUAUUACGUUUAAACAUAGAUCAAGAAGAUUUAUAUAUAUAUAUA